AUGACGCUGGCCAGCCCAGCAAUCCGAUGGUUUAACGCGCUCCCACAAGGAUCUAUCACGGCCUUCACAGACAUCUCCCAAAGCUUUCUAGCUCGGUUUACGACACGCAUAGCCAAGGCAAAACACUUGAUUAACUUGCUAGGGGUCACCCAAAAACCCAGAGAGCUGACCAUAAAGUUCCUGGAUAGGUUCAACAACGAAUGCUUAGAAAUCGAUAGCCUCAUGGACUCGAUUGCCAGUCUCUGCCUAACGAACGGCCUGCUAAACGAGGACUUUAGAAAGCACCUCACCACUAAGCCCGUCUGGACCAUGCAAGAAAUUCAAAGCAUGGCUAAGAAAUACAUCGACGAUGAAGAGGCCCCCCAGGUCGACAGAUAUAAGGACAAUCUUAGGGACGGGACCUUGGCCAGGCAACCCAAGCAACCCCCACGGGUAGGGAGGUUCACGAACUACACACCACUCACGGCGCCCAUAGUGGAAGUCUACCAGCAAAUUGCGGACAAGGGAAUCCUAUCCAGACCUAGACCAUUGAAAGAGAGAACAGGAUGCAACAAAGGCCUUUACUGUGAUUAUCACAAGGGAUUCAGCCACAAGAUCCAAGACUGCUUCGAUCUCAAAGAUGCCUUAGAGCAAGCCAUCCGAAAAGGGAAGUUGAGCGAGUUCUUCCGACUCAUCCAGGAACCGAGGAGGCGGGAACGAGAACGCUCCGAAGAAGAUCACAGCUGGACUAUCAAGCCAAGACAAGAGCCCACAGGGAACGUCGACAACCCCUCAACUUUCGUAGUCAACGUCGUGGUCGGGCGUGACACCCUCCAAGUUCAAAUCAACAGUAAAAAGGGAUACCCGGAUCCUCUUCUUCUCGACAGGAGGUCCCACCGCCCCAAACAAAGGACCCCCAUGAUAUCUUUUGGUCCAGAUGAUCAAUGGUUUCAUGAUCUCCCCGAAAACCCCUCCAUGGUAGUCACAGCAAUGGUUGGGACGGGGUUAGUCAGACGAAUCCUCGUUGAUACCGGGGCCGACUCCAACAUCCUGUUCAAGAAUGUAUUCAACGCUUUGGGGCUCAAGGAAUCCGACCUCAAGAAUCACCAGCACGGGGUCAUGGGGCUGGGUGAUAACUAUAUAAAACCUGACGGGACGAUCUCUCUCCCAAUCUACCUAGGAGCCUGCGAUGCCAGGAGGUCGGUUAUGGUGGACUUCGUAGUCCUUAGAGACUCCACAGCCUACAACAUCAUUCUAGGGAGAAAGACCAUCAAUGAGUUCUCAGCCGUGAUAUGUACUAAAUUCCUAACAAUGAAGUUCAUAACGGACAAGGGAACCGUUGGCUCCAUUAGGGGAGACUUAGAAGCGGCAGUCGCCUGCGACAACGCUAGUCUCUCCCUAAGAAAAGAGUCUAAGAAGGCAGCCGGAGUAUUAUUGGCAGACCUGUACAUAAGGAUCGAGGACAAGCCGAGGCCGGAACCAGAAGGGGACAUGGAGAAGUUCCAGAUGGGAAAGUCAGCAGAGUAG